CUCCCUCCCCCUCGGUCUUCCUUUAAACUCCAAACCGAAAAAAAAAAAAAAGAAGAAACCACCGAGAACACAUCCAAAGCAUCAAAAUUUUCCUUUGCAUGCUCUUAAAUUUGAUUUCAUGGCAAUAACAAGCACAUCAAACAGAAAAGAAAUGGAUCGGAUCAAAGGUCCAUGGAGCCCCGAAGAAGAUGACCUGCUCCAAAAGCUGGUCCAAAAACACGGCCCCAGAAACUGGUCUUUGAUUAGCAAAUCAAUCCCGGGUCGAUCCGGGAAAUCCUGUCGCCUCCGAUGGUGUAACCAACUAUCCCCCCAAGUCGAGCACCGGGCCUUUACCCCCGAAGAAGACGAGACCAUAAUCCGAGCUCAUGCCCGGUUCGGUAACAAGUGGGCCACCAUAGCCCGACUCCUCAACGGUCGUACCGACAACGCCAUUAAAAACCACUGGAACUCGACGCUAAAGCGUAAGUGUUUGUCGGUUGGGGAAGAGUGUAAUUUUAUUACUAACGGAGGGUAUGAUGGUAAUUUGAGAGGGGAGGAGCAACAGCCGUUGAAAAGAUCGGUCAGUGCUGGCCUUUACAUGAGCCCAGGAAGCCCAUCGGGAUCCGAUGUGAGCGAUUCUAGUGUUCCCGUUUUAUCAUCUUCUCACGUGUACAAGCCAAUACCAAGAUCCGGCGGUGUUAACGUCGACGUAAACGUUGACGUCAAUGUUAUGCCAGCUGGAGUCGAAGCGGCGUCGUCUUCUAACGAUCCACCGACUUCGCUGAGUCUCUCUUUACCGGGGGCCGAGUCAUGCGAGGUGUCAACCCACCCAGUUUCUGAAUCAAUUCAGAUGAGGAACGAAGCGAAAAAUGAAGAAAGGGUAGGUGGGGUGAUGGGGUUCAGUUCGGAAUUUAUGGCGGUGAUGCAAGAGAUGAUAAGGGUUGAGGUGAGGAAUUACAUGGUGCAGAUGCAGCAGCAAAACGGUGGCGUUGCGGGAGGGGGAAUGGGGAUGUGUUUGGAUGGAGGGUUUAGGAAUGUUAUGGCUAUGAACCGAGUGGGGGUGAGUAAGAUCGAGUAGAGAGAUGUAAAGAGUUGCAUGAGAGGUAAAAGAGAGAAAAAACUGGGUUGUUUUUUCCUAACAUGGCAAAUUAGCGGGGAAUAAUUUUGGUUAAUGUACGACAGACUGAGAGAGAUGGGUUAAAAGGAAAAAACGAGUACAAAGAAAAAAUGGACUUUUUUUUGGUUUUUUACCUGUCUCUUGGCCUUUGAAAUUUCAAUCUAAGCUCUUUUAAUCUCAUUUCUUAGUGGUUUUUUUUUUUUCUUUUCGGUAUCUAAAUAUAAAUAAUUUUUAUAUGUAAAAUGUAAAGAAUAUGGAAAGGAAAAGGAUUAUGGUAAGAUGGGUUUUGCUUCUUAUAUCAGGAACUGAAAACUAGACAGAAAGAUUACCGGAAUUACCUAUUACUAAUA